AGCUAUCUCCCAGUCGAGCUUGAGACGUCUGUUUGCCCAGAAUUCCGCAUCACACUACCGGUUCCGAUCAGUCCAGAUCAGCGAUUCCAGCGAGAUGAUUGGCAGCAGCCUCGUCGUCAUAUAUGGCAUUGCCCUCGUGUCGUCGAUGGGCGUGCAAUCUGCCCGAGCAGAUUACGCCGACGGAUGCCAAACACCUGACGGCGACCAGGGCCAGUGCAUGCCCUUCUCCUCCUGCCGGAACAUCGAGGAGCGGCUCCAACAGGCCCAGAAAUCCGGACAGAAAGUGCCGGCGGACUAUGCCAGCUAUCUGCAGAGGGCCUCCUGCGGGGAGUUCGAUGGUGUGCGUCAUUUCUGCUGUGCUUCCGCCCAGAUCCAGCACAAUUCCAAGGUGAUGACCCUGUUCAAGGAUGAGAACUUCGACUGCGGCAAUUUCCUCAGUCAACGAGUGGCCAAUGGCUACGAGGUGAAGCUCUCCUCCAGACCCUGGAUGGCCCUGCUCCGUUACAAUCAGUUUGGGGAGUCCAAGUUCCUCUGCGGCGGCGCCAUGAUCUCCGAACGCUACAUCCUAACUGCUGCUCACUGUGUCCAUGGACUUCAGAAUGACCUCUACGAGAUUCGCCUGGGUGAGCACCGCAUCUCCACGGAUGAGGACUGCCGGCAGCAGGGACGCAAAAAGAAGUGUGCUCCGCCGGUUGUGGAUGUGGGCAUUGAGAAGCACCUGGUCCAUGAAAAGUACGAUAACCGUCGCAUUAUGAACGACAUUGCCUUGCUGCGACUGAACACAAGUGUUCCUUUUCAAAAACACAUCAAACCCAUUUGCCUGCCCAUCACGGAUGAACUGAAGCAGAAGGCGGAGCAGAUCAGCAGCUUCUUCGUCACCGGCUGGGGGACCACGGAAAAGGGUUCCGCCUCAGAUGUGCUGCUCCAGGCGAAUGUGCCUCUCCAGCCGCGCUCCGCCUGUUCGCAGGCCUACAAAAGAGAUGUGCCCUCCACGCAGCUUUGUGUGGGCGGUGGUGAUCUGCAGGAUUCCUGCAAAGGUGACUCCGGUGGUCCACUCCAGGCGCCCGCCCAGUACUUAGGCGAGUUUGCCCCCAAAAUGGUCGAAUUCGGAAUUGUGAGCCAGGGUGUCGUGAGCUGUGGACAAAUUAGCCUUCCCGGUCUGUAUACCAAUGUCGGAGAGUACGUCCAGUGGAUCACGGACACCAUGGCCAGCAAUGGCCUGUGAGGAGAGUCGUCAGUUUUUUAGAGUGUACCUUAGUAAUUAGUCCAACCCAAAAAUAUAAUAUACACAUAUUUGUAAACUCA